AUGGAACUAUUUUCUGGGAAUUGUACGGUUUGUUAUAAACGUGCUAUCUAUUAUAAUUACAAUUGCUCUGCAUGUGAACCAUGCAAAAUGUACUAUCGGAGAAGCAUCACAAAGUAUUGUCGGUACACAUAUGAACGCAAUAGAAAGUGCUAUGAUGGUCCUCCACCUCUAUCUUACAAAGACCUGAACUGCAAGGCAUGUCGUUUUUACAAGUGUCAAAAGAUUGGAAUGCAUGUGAACUAUGAAACAGUUCCUAUGUGCUUUGCCCAUAUCCGAAAAAAGCAGAAUGCUUAUGAAGAGUCGUCACAAUAA